AUGGAGGUUUCGGGUUCGUCUAAGAAAAUGAUUGCGACCCAGGAGGAGAUGGUGGCGGCGAAGGUGCCAAUCCCUUACAGAGACCAAUGUGCCCAUUUGCUGAUCCCACUCAACAAAUGCCGGCAGGCGGAGUUCUACCUGCCAUGGAAGUGCGAGUCUGAGCGCCACACUUACGAGAAGUGCGAGUACGAGCUCGUCAUGGAACGGAUGCUCCAGAUGCAGAAGAUCCGCGAGCGCGAGGCACAGCUGAAAACACAAUCCCCUCACUCGAUUCCCCUGGUUCCCAAGACUGCUAAUGCUUGA